AUGGGAACUCUCUGGGGUAUUCGGUUUGGUAGGCGAGGUGUUAAUGUGUCUCACCUUUCAUUUGCAAAUGAUAGUUUGAUUUUCUUUGAUGCUACUAGAGAGGACUGCCACCGAUUUCAGGAACUUUUGAGAAAAUAUACAGUUGCUUCGGAUCAAAUUAUAUAUUUUCAUAAAUUUGAGAUUUGCUUCGCAAGUUUGAUAGAAGAUGAUACCAAACAAAAGUUGGUUGACUUGAUAUGUGUUCAACUUGUUGCAAACCAUGGUAAGUACCUUGGCCUGCCCUCCUUUGUUGGUAGAAAUAAAAUGAAACUUUUUGAUGUCAUUAAAAAUAAGGUAUGGGCAAAACUACGAGGAUGGAAAAACUCCCUGUUUUCUGUGGUUGGGAAAGAGAUUCUUAUAAAGGCUAUCAUUCAAGCAAUUCCCACAUAUACGAUGAGUUGUUUUCGUAUGUCAAAGAGUACUAUUAGUAGUCUAAAAUGGGAACAAGGUUUUGGUGGGCUCUUCAAAGAAAAAUGA